GAAGACAACACAACAACAAUUCGAAGCUGCAAGCAUCUCUUUUUACAGACGUCUCCCUGACGAGUAACAGAGCGUUACUAGUGGCGUGGUGCUAUUAUAGUGUGGUACUAUGAAGGAAAGAAACAUCUUAGUGGAGACAGAGGCUAUGACACCACAGCCUACUGGAUCCUCAAAUCGUCAACAAGAACAAGAGGAAACAGCGAUGGAAGGCUGUUGCUUUAGCUAUUUGUCACACUCCACAGAAUUGAGAAUACUCUUUUUGACUGAUCAAGGGGAUCCGAUCUCGUUCUGCACGAAGGAUCUACCCUGCCGAGAACAAAUGUACCAAGCAAAUACGCCUACCUCCCUGGAACGAGUGGAUCAGGCCAUUACGUACCGAGAACAUGUGAACAACGCGAUCACGAACAAUGGAGGGAUGGUGAGUGACACUCCUGGCCACUACACAGUGUGCCUGGUACCUACGCCAAAAUCAGGAUGUACAACAACAGGCAUGGAACCCGGAUAUAGCACCUUCUCAGUUGAUUACAUCUGGGCUUGUAUUCGUGAAAAAAGACUUCAGCCACUGCAGGAUUAUUGGAUCCACAAAGUGUUGGAUUUCAAUGACAAAAAGUUUGAUCCAAUCGAUGUGAUGCUUGGCAAUCUUAAGUGGGAGGACUGCAAGAAGAGGGUGACUGUAAGUUCACCAAGAAGAGUUCAUGAAAUGGAUCCUAAUGAUGAAUUGUUCUUCGAUUUUGAUUCUGUAUCAACAAAACAGCGGCAUCCCAAGUGCAGACUACCAUACACACACAAUGAAAGAGUACGAAUUUUGGAGUACAUUAAGAAAGUCGAUGGGUAUGACAGAGUGAAUGGAAAUUCACUGUGGAAGGAAAUGGAAGAAGAAAAGGUGUGUCAAGGGAGGACCUGGCAGUCGAUGAGAGAACAUUUUAGACGCCAAAUCAUCAACCACCUUGACCAGUUUCCCAUUAACCUCACUGAUAAGAUCAGGUAAACAUCUCUUGAUGUUUACCAUUGUGACUUACUUCUUAACACAUAUUGAGCAGCCUGAUCCACCAGUGGGUUAACCUGUAUUCCUAUAUGAAAAAUAUAACAUAUGUUGCAUAAAU